AUGGUCUCAGGAAUUACAAACCUCACAUCACUUCAUGUCUCAAACCUUAAAGCUUCUGUGAAGUUUUAUAAAGACGCAUUUGGAUUCAAAGAGCUUUCACAUGUGAAAACAGCUAAGUAUGAAUCAUCUUUCAUUGGUUUGGACACUUCUAAGCAUCCUGGAUAUGGAAAACCGAUUUCCCAAAGAAGUGGCGUUGUUGAAUUAAGACAAGAUUCUACUUCUGUGAAAAUAUACAACGGAAACACCGAGCCCUACAGAGGAUUCGGACAUCUUUGUGUUUCUGUCUCGAAUAUUGUUGCAGCUCAGAAGCAUUUAUUGGCUGCUGGUGUAACAUUCAAGAAGAGAUUGGAGGAUGGUAGACAAAAAGACAUUGCUUUUGUCCAGGAUCCGGAUACAUACUGGAUUGAGUUGAUCGAGAACAAACUCGACAAGAAAGAUGGCGUUUAUGACAUUGAAUCAAACAGAUUGAAUCAUACUAUGAUCAGGGUUAGGGAUCCACAGAAAAGUCUUGCCUUUUACCAAGGAGUUCUUGGAAUGAAGUUGUUCAAGAAGAAGGAUUUCCCUAAUGCCAAGUUCACUUUGUACUUCUUGGGUUAUGACAGCGACCCUAACUAUGUUGAAGAUAGUGAUGACGUUGUCUACAGAGCUAGAAGAGAGUCUAUUCUUGAGCUUACCCACAAUUGGGGAACCGAGUCUGAUGAUAAAUUCUCAUACUACGUUUUUGGCAAGGAUCAGGGUAUUGUUGGUUUUGACCAUUUCGUCGUUUCAAUUCCGGAUGCUGAGAAGUUUUCAAAGGAACUUGGUGACAGUUCUAGUGUUGUUUCUAAGUACAAUGAAAAUCCAGAUGCUAAAAACGCAGUUGUGCUUCAGGACCCAGAUGGAUACAAAGUCUACGUUCAAUCUCAGUGA